AUAAAAUGAAAUCAAUAGAAUCUCUGAGGGCAAAACUUCAACACCUGAGUGAAAGGAUGAGUGAAGACAUGAGAGACAAAAUGGCCAGACUGGAGCAAAACAAUGACGACAUUCUGAAACUAUUGACUGUAUUGGAGCAAAAGCAUUGGGAUUUGUGUGAAAAGAAAGAAUAUAUGCCACGUUACGCUAAGGCAAUCGAGACUGAAAAGAAAGGUUUGAAGAGUGUUUUGGCCGAAAUUGUAAUCCAGAGACAAGAUAUGGAAAAUCGAACGAAACAAGAGGCUUUGUUGGGAACGGCGGAUCUUGAAAAGCUGAAGGCAGAGCUGAAGCAAGACAGAGAGGAUCUGAACAGAAUGACUGAGCUGUUGAACAAAGAGAAAGUGCACUUGGACCAGAUGAGGUCUGACAUCCAGAGACAAACUGACGUAUUAGAACAAGAGAAACAAGACAUAAAAGUGGCAAGAGACAAGUUGGAAAUCACAAAGACUGAGCUGCAAAAGAAGAAGGAAAAUGCAGUCAGUCUGUUUGACGAGAUAAACAGAGAGAAAACCCACGUGAAAAAUCUGACUCUUCGGGUUCGGAGAGAACGAGAUGAACUCGAAAAUGUCAUGAACAUGAUUACCUUCAGACAAAAAGAGCAAGAGCUCAAGGAAGACGACAUCAAAAGACAAACACAAGAACUGGAGACCAGUAAGAACAGUGUACUGGCACAAAGAGAAGAACUGGAACUUUUGAGGAAGGACCUCAACAAGAAAGUAGAAGAGGUGGAAUCAGCCACAAACAGCAUGAGUGGAGAGCGAGAACAACUCACGAAAAUGAAGACUGACAAUGACAAAGGGAGAGAAAUGCUUUUGAAUGAAAAGGACAUAAUGGACAGAGAAAGGGAAGAGCUGAAAAUAAGAGAAGAUCAACUGAUGAGUAAAAUGAAAUCCAUAGAAACUCUGAGAGCAAAACUUCUACAGCAAAAUGUGAAGAUAAGUGAAGGCGUAAAAUACAAGGUGGACAGGUUGAAACAAAACAAUGAGGAUGUGCUAAUGCUGUACACUGUACUGGAA